AUAAUUUCUGCUCUCAUUUUGAGUUUGAUCAGUGUAUUAUAAAUGCGUCCUGUAAUAAUGAUGUUGUGUUUGUCUUCAGAUGUUGACCAUGAGAGCACAGAUGGAUGUGAUCUGCUGUAAAUCAGUAGGAACGGAUCUGUCCAUGCUGGAUAUUGAGGAUUUCAUCACUGAAAUCUGUCAGCUGAAGAAAGAGGUGGCGUCACUGGAGGCAAAGCUGAGAGAAAGAGGAGACAAACCCAACAGAGAGGAUCUGGAGAAGGUUUCAGUGUGUGUGACUGAUGGGACAGAAGCUCAGGAUUCAGUCUGGAGAUCCAGAGACACACAGGACUCAGAGCUCAGCCUCACUUUACUGUGUUAUACUGAUGCUCAGGAUCAUGGAUCCGCUGAUCAAACCUCUGACUGUAACGCUGGAGAACAGCAGAUGAAGAUGUGCUCCGUCAAACUGGAGGACUGCAGGAGCCUGAUAGAGAGACGAGGAGAAGAAACCACAGCAGAGGAACAACAACAGAGCCAUGAGGAGGAGGAGGAUGAUGAAGAUGAUGAUGAAGAGAGAGAUGGGGAUGAUGAGUUUCCUCCUGCAGGUGUUUCUUCCUUUCUUUUGUUGUUUUUCCUGACACUUGAAUGUCUUUCAUUAGACGUGGAGCAGAACCUCUGCAUUAGUUCUUCCCGUCAGUCCCAUAGAGGCUGUGCUGUCGGUACCGGGAAGAGAAAUGAUUAG